CUCUCUCUCCCUCUCUCCCUCUCUCUCUCUCUCUCUGCCGCUCUCCCUCUUCUGUGGCUCCCUCGCUUUUCCAGCCUCACUCAGUCUCACACACCCUCACACACAGUCUCUCGCACCUUCAUUCCUCCACACCACUGCAGAUAUGGCCGAGUCUUUCGUUGGCACAUGGAACCUCAAGGAGUCCGAAAAAUUUGAUGAGUACAUGAAGGAGCUGGGUGUUGGUUUUGCUACACGUAAGGUGGGCAACCUGACCAAGCCCACCACUAUUAUCGCAGUGGACGGUGACAAGGUGACAGUGAAGACUCAGAGCACCAUUAAGAACACAGAGCUCAACUUCACGCUGGGAGAGGAGUUCGACGAGACCACCGCUGAUGACAGGAAGGUCAAGUCCCUUGUGACAAUAGAUGGUGGGAAGAUGGUGCACGUACAGAAGUGGGACGGCAAAGAGACCAGUCUGGUCCGGGAAGUCAGCGGAAACGCUCUCACACUGACACUCACAAUGGGAAAUGUCGUAUGCACACGUCGCUACGAGAAGGCAGAGUAAAACAACACUGAGCCCCCUCCCCUCUCCAACUUACAUCAGCUGAAGCCCUCCACCCCCUAACUACUAUAACACCAUCUCAGAGCCACACUAAGCAAACCCCGUGUAAGGGUGUUGAUUCCUUCAAUGUUCCUUCUUCCUCUAUGUUCAGUAUUAACGUUACUGUUGACUGUGGCCCCUUCCCUACAGCCACCUUUUCUCCCUUUCUUUCUCUUUAUACUGUUGUUCAUUCUACUGUAAGAAACACUGAAUAAAUUCCAAUGAUUUGUUGUUGUUUUCUCUCAAGGGGCCACAUGCGUAAAACUCUGUAUAUUCAUGACUAAAUCUGUGUGUGCGCACAAAACCACAAACACGCAUACGCAUUCUUUUCUUUACGCAUGCUUGUGUUUUAUAAAGCUCAGUCAUCGAGGGCGCAUGUGCACAAGCCUCAUUUUCCACUCUCACAAUUAGUCAUCAUAAGUGGAUUAAGACACACCUUUUAACCAACUGUUUUCAUAUCAACAUGCUCCACCUCUUUACAAAUGAGAAAGGAGAUGUGUAGUUUCAGAUUGUGUUUCGUUGGUGAGGUUCUGCAACAGCUCAACAGCUGUCAUAACCCAUGACCAUUAUGCACAGCUGUGUGGUUCUUAUAGCGUCCAUAUGGACCUGUAAACCAUCUCAGAAAUGUGAUCUGUGAUCUGUUUACGGCUCUCAUAUCUGAACCGAUUUUACACGGUGUGUCACGACUAUAGAUAAAAUAAAAGGAAUAUAAACAGCAAAAUACAAUGUUGGCAAUGAGUGCAGCUGGUUGUCACUGGCGUCUCAUCAAGCUCAGAUUGCUUUAGAAAAACGUGUAUGUCUGGUCUGAAGAAUGUGUGAGGUGAGCACGCUUAGCUUUUAUAAAUACCAGUUUAUGUGCAGGAAUGGCGUAUGCAUGGUUUUUGUGCGUACUCAUUGUUUAUGCAUGUGGCUCCAGGAUUACUUUUUUUGUCUUAUUUAGAAAAUGAGAUAUGCAUGGUGCCAAUGAUGAGCCUGGAACAGUGUUUGUUUGACUUUUAAAGUUUGACUAUUGAGACCUUAAAAAUAACAAUAAAAAUGUCCUGUUGGACGAGAUGAAAAAAAA